AUGCCUGGAUCAGUGGAAGAUAUUAUCCAUGGAGCUUAUACAGCUGAUAUUGAAAGUAUGCGGAUUGAAGUUAGUAUGGUUAAAAAUGUUUUUCUCGAUGCUCGAAUUCUUCAUAUGUUUGAAACGAAUCCAAUUACUAGUACUACUAUAUUCUCAGGUAUUAAAUGGGUUGCAUUGAAAACAUCCCUGAGUGCCUCCUUAGUUCAUGAUCGAGAUUUCUUAUUUUACAAUCGUCUUGGUCGAUUCAUUGAUGCCCAAGGACGAUAUUUUGUCUAUUGCAUUGUCAAUUCCAUUGAGUUAGAAGAAUUUCCAGCAAAUGAACAACCACAUUUAAAACGAGGCUAUGUCUCCAUGUGUUAUCUCUUUCGUCAGCUUCAGGACGAAUUACUUGGGUGUUUUAUCUUGGGAAGUUCAAAUAUGGGUGGAUCAUUUCCACGAAGUGUCGUUGAUAUGAUCUCCGCUGAACGAAUGCUAUCGGUUACGAACCUUCUUGUCGUUGCACGUGCAAAGGCAUAUUCAGCUCGAAUUGCUGAUAGUACCGAUCGUAUUCCAUCGACCAGCAAGUCCUGUGACGUAUGUAUGAAGAAACCAAGUCUGUUGAGAAGUUCAUUGAGACUCUGUAUGGGCUGUCGUCGAAACGCGUGUCGAAAGUGUCGAGAAUCGUGCACAGUCUUUCGACUGAAUCUACGGACACAGAAACCAAGCAAAGAGAUAUUUUGCACCCAGUGCAUCUCUGAUGUCACACGACCUACAAUGUCAGCGUUUCAUAUGUGCAGUCUACAUGAAAAUACGAAUGAUAGUGUGAACCAUUACCAAUGCGUUGGUUUGGACUCCGUCGUAUCGGGUGAGAAAAAUAGUACCGGUCAUUCAUCCAACCGAUCACACGACUCUUCGGAUAUUGACUCGGACGCGUGGCUUCCAGCUCCAAUAGAUCUUGACGGUCUUGCUAGUUUUGUCGAGCGAGCAAGUGUAGCAACUUCAGGUGAACUGCAGUGGAAUCAGGACGAACUGGACCAUUAUGCUGACAUCCUGCGAGAGUCGGGGCACUUUGAGAUUCCUCAAUUCUCGGACCAAAACAACAAUGGGAAUUGUCAACGAAGUCAGAAUCAAAAGCAAGACUAUGACCCAAGCAACUCGCUACCUUCGUCUGUGUAUUUCAAAUUCGAUCCCAAAGUGUCUCGGAGCUACGCAACGGAUAAUAGUUCAGCACCAAAGGAUGCACACCACAAAUUCUUUUGUGCUGACGAUCUUGACUAA